GUCCAACCGCCCUGGCCAUAAAAGCCUUUGGGGUUGGGUUUAGCGAUAAGGGUUUUACCAGCAUUUGGCCCAAAAAUUUUGAAGCCAAGUUUCCACCAAUCCACCCAAAAUUCUUUCAUCUUUCGGCUCCGAUCAGCCCCCAUCGUCUCGCCAGGAUCGGUGGAUGGAGAUCAUCAACGGGGCAGCCCUCCCGCGCUACGGGGCCCCGGCCACGGGCGUUCUGACCUCCGACGCGAGAGUCGGCGGGCAUCUCCAGCUGCUCGGGCGCGUGCGCUUGAGGAGAAGGGCUUGCGGGCUCCAGGCGGACUGCGACGGCGUGGCGCGCAGGUUCUUCGGUCCCCCCUCCCAGCGCCACGGGAGAAGCGACUGGGGCUGGCCAGUUCGCUGCAGCUACGGCUCGUCCUCUGACGGCGACGGCGCCGCUGCCGCGGAUUUCGAUGCCAGCGGCGAGGAGUUCGUCAAUUCCAGCGUCAUCGAGGCUGUUGAGCUCAGGAGUGUAUCAGAUGGUUUUGUGAUAAAAAUGCGCGACGGCAAACACCUGAGAUGUGUCCAGAAUAAUCAUCGCGUACUGAGACUGCGGGAUUCCGUGCCUCAUCAUGCUAUUGUGCUGAAGACGGAAGAUGGAAGCGACCUUCUGCUCCCGAUUAUUGUCAUGGAAACACCAAGCAUUAUGUUGCUGGCUGCACUUCGAAACAUUCGAAUUCCAAGGCCAACUAUUUACAAUGUGGUAAAGGAUAUGACUGAAACGAUGGGAUAUGAGGUACGUUUGGUGCGAAUUACAGAAAUGGUCCAUGACACAUACUAUUCGCGAUUGUAUCUUGCGAAGAUUGGGAAUGAAGAAGAUACUAUUAGUUUCGACCUCAAGCCAUCAGAUGCUAUCAACAUUGCUUUCCGGUGCAAGGUUCCUAUACAAGUUAAUAGGCGUAUUGCAUAUAACAAUGGAUUGAAAGUUGUACAACCAAAGUCAGCUGGCAGUUAUGUAGACUCGGACCCAAUCCAAAUCACAAGGCUUGACAGGCCUGACGACCAACCUUGCAGUGAAACCCAAGAAUUUGAUUUGGUCCGCAAUAUGCUAAUCGCUGCUGUUGAAGAACGUUACAAAGAUGCUGCUCAAUACAGAGACCAACUUUUCAUGUUGCGGUCAAAGAAAAAGAACGCGAUAUAACAGUCAGGCCCUCACGGGGGGAGUACAUAGGAGGCUUUGCUGGAGCUCAUAAAUCUUCGGCAAACAUCAAGAAGGACCAUGUAAAUACUUACAGAAGUUAUGUAUAUAAAACAUACGGAGCAUAGUUCCGGCUACGUUAGCUCAUAGUGGCAGUGGUGGGACUCAAAGUGCCAAUGGUUGUAGGGUCGUACAAUAGAUCUCAGUGCUGUGCAGCAUCAGUCGAGUUACUCGGAUGAGACUUUCGCAACUUGGAGCAACUGCGGCUUCAGGCUUCAAAAGAAAAAAGGAAAUAGUUACGGCCUCAUAAAUUUCUGUACGGUUGCACUCGUUCAUGUGAUGAUCUGGUGGAAAUUUUGACUGGCGAAUUGGCUACAA